CACAAAAUACCAAUACCAAUUCGUGUCUCAAACCACCAAUAACUUGUGGGCUUAGCUCACACCACCUCUCCCUCUCUCUCUCUCUCUCUCUCUCUCUCUCUCUCUCUCUCAAAUGGGUUUUUGCUGGGAAGUCUAGUAUUCUGAUUAGGUUUUUGCUGCACACAAAAUGCUUUGCCGGUUGCUCAGUAAUUGAAUCCUCCCUCUUCAUUGGUCUAUUCUCACACUCUCACUAUAACUUGUAAGCAGCCAUUUCUCCCCUUUCGCUUUCCCCCUAUCAAAUCUCACUUCACUCUCAACUUACAAUACCUGCUCACAACAACUGUUAAUGUAUAAAUUGGGUCAGUUCUUACACUUGAAAUCGCCGGAGCAAUCUCAGAUUUUCAUCACCCGAUCGAUAAUCUCAUCAUGGCCUCUUCAAUGCUCAUCGGAGCUGAUAAUCUCACACUCCUCAAAGGAGCGUCCCCAAAUCAGUUGCGCUUCAUUCGGCUCCAGUAUUCGCACAGAACCCAUUUCCCCCAAAUCAUCACACAAACUAGGGCUGCAACAAGAACCAAAACCCUAGUCCUCAAGUGCAGUAUCUCGGCCGCCAGACCAGUUUCUCAACCCAGGUUCAUCCAGCACAAGAAGGAGGCGUUUUGGUUUUACAGGUUCCUGUCCAUUGUUUACGACCACGUGAUAAACCCUGGCCACUGGACCGAGGACAUGAGAGACGACGCACUUAAGCCGGCUGAUUUGAGCGAUCGGGGCUUGGUGGUGGUGGACGUUGGUGGUGGAACGGGGUUUACUACGUUGGGUAUAGUGAAGCAUGUGGAUGCGAAAAAUGUGACGAUUUUGGAUCAGUCGCCGCACCAGCUGGCUAAGGCGAAGGAGAAGGAGCCGUUGACGGACUGCAGGAUUAUCGAGGGGGACGCCGAGGAUCUUCCGUUCGAUACUGAUUAUGCGGAUCGUUAUGUUUCUGCUGGGAGUAUAGAGUACUGGCCAGACCCACAACGUGGCAUCAGAGAAGCAUACAGGGUUUUGAAACUUGGAGGGAAGGCAUGCUUGAUUGGUCCUGUGUAUCCAACAUUUUGGCUCUCCCGGUUCUUCGCAGAUGUGUGGAUGCUCUUCCCAAAGGAGGAAGAGUACAUUGAGUGGUUUGAGAAAGCUGGAUUUAAGGAUGUUCAGCUGAAGAAGAUUGGCCCAAAAUGGUACCGUGGGGUUCGUCGCCACGGGCUGAUCAUGGGAUGUUCGGUCACUGGUGUAAAACCUGCAUCCGGUGAUUCUCCUUUGCAGCUUGGUCCGAAGGCUGAGGAUGUCUCGGAGCCUGUCAAUCCACUUGUCUUCCUGCUGCGUUUCCUUCUUGGUGCCACAGCAGGAAUGUACUAUGUAUUGGUUCCCAUUUACAUGUGGCUCAAGGAUCAAUUUGUUCCCAAAGGUCAACCAAUUUGAGAGAGUUUGCGGUUAACUUUCAGGGCUGCUUAUGACACUUCCUCUUUGCAUUAAUGUUUGCUGUUAUGAUACCCGGACAAUUUCUGCUGUUGUUUCCUAUGCUUUCUUUUUCACCAUCUUAUGUUCAUUUUGUCCUCUGCAAUAUAAAGGUCUCUGCCUCACCAGAACCCUUGCCUGACA